CAGAUAUUGAUUUCGUGCGACUUUGGUUUUUCUUGAAAGUUCCCUCUCAGAAACAAUAACAAACUAUACAAGCAUAAUCAUAAACUGUUAGAAUCAAGAUUCAUGAUUAAUGAAUUCUUGGUGACAAAGGUACCUUUCAACCUCUAUCCCCUAUCGUCCCCUUAUAUACAGCACCACCUUUCUUCUUCUUUAUUAUUAGAAACUCACUAUAUACUCCCUCGUUACAAACACAUACUAGAAAACCAUUCCAUUACACGACCUAAUCUUUAAGCAUUUUCGUGACGAAUUGAGCCUGUACAAUCUUUAAUCUUCCUCGAUCUGUAAUUAAAAUAAGGAGAUGGGUUUGAGAGAUAUCGGAGCCACACUGCCACCAGGGUUUAGGUUUUACCCUAGUGAUGAGGAGUUGGUUUGCCACUAUCUUUACAAGAAGAUAGCUAAUGAAGAUGUUCUUAAGGGUACUUUAGUCGAAAUUGAUCUGCAUACUUGUGAGCCAUGGCAGCUUCCUGAGAUGGCGAAACUCAAUUCAAGCGAGUGGUACUUCUUCAGCUUUCGUGAUCGCAAGUAUGCAACUGGAUAUCGAACAAACAGGGCCACCAUAUCCGGAUACUGGAAGGCUACCGGAAAAGAUAGGACAGUUGUGGAUACGAGAACCGGUGCCAUCGUGGGGAUGAGGAAGACUUUAGUGUUUUAUAAAAACCGAGCACCAAAUGGGAUUAAAACCGGUUGGAUCAUGCAUGAAUUUCGUCUUGAAAACCCUAAUAUUCCGCCCAAGGAAGACUGGGUUUUAUGUAGAGUGUUUUAUAAAGCAAAGGGAGACAAUAGCAACGAACGCAGCCCACAAGACAUGUAUCACAAUCCAACAUAUGAUGCCACUUCACUAAAUCAUGAUGAUGCAUGUCCCACCCUCCAACCACCGCCUUGUGUCCACCACCACCACCAUAUCUGCACCACCACCCCCAACCUCUCCAAUCAAAAUCCAACACCACCGGUCCACCACCACCAUCACCACAAAAAUUACAUGGACAUAUCACCACAGCAAUACAACCUCCCAAAUCUUCUCCAGUUAUCGCAAGAGGCUACCUUGAAGGAAUGUCUGGACCAAAUGAAUGUAAGCUCAAAUAGUAAGUGUGAAGAUCACUAUGGUUUCUUUUACGAUAUGGCGUUAGAAGACUAUGUCCCUUCUCAUAAUCUACAAGACAUGGAAUUGGAUGACGAUGAUAAUGACAAUGGUAUAGUGUUCUAGGAGUAGUAAUUAAUUUCAAUCUUAAGUAUUUUAGGCAUAGAAAAAUUAAGAUAAGAACAUUUGAUUAUUGAGUAUUUUUAUGUUUGAUUUCGAUUUGAACCAAGUGAUUGAUUUGUUGUAUAUUAAGAGAUUGAUUCUAUAUGUACAUACACAGGUUGAUUUGGGUUUGUAAUUGUUGCUAGUUUCAUUUUAAAGCGUCAAUAUUUGAUCCAGUUCGUUAUGC